AUCUCGGUUUCUAGAUCUCGCGCUAGUGACGUUACGCACGCAUUUUAUAACAAAGAAAAAUGCCGCCCAAGACCAGUGGCAAGGCCGCCAAGAAAUCUGGCAAAGCCCAGAAGAACAUCUCCAAGACUGACAAAAAGAAGAAGAAGCACAAGAGGAAGGAGAGCUACGCCAUCUACAUUUACAAAGUGCUGAAGCAGGUGCACCCGGACACCGGUAUAUCCAGCAAGGCGAUGUCCAUCAUGAACUCGUUCGUGAACGACAUCUUCGAGCGAAUCGCCGCCGAGGCUUCCCGCCUGGCCCACUACAACAAGAGGUCAACGAUCACAUCGAGGGAGGUGCAGACUUCCGUGAGGCUUCUCCUGCCCGGUGAGCUCGCCAAGCACGCCGUCAGUGAAGGCACCAAGGCGGUCACCAAGUACACCAGCUCCAAGUAGAUGAUUUAUAUAUAGUGUGUGUGUGUGUUUGCUAACGUGUGUCCGUCGAAGUGUUUUGUUUUGUUUGCUCCUACACAUCACCUACCCCUUCACGGUUGGGUCAGGUAGUGGAUGGGAUCGGACGGGCGAAAUAUUUGAAUGGAUGCAGAAUGGCAGCACAGCAUAUACGCACGCACGCGCGCACGCACACGCGUGUAUAAUAUACCUACAUCCAAAAGGCCCUUUUCAGGGCCAUAACAUUUGUCAUAAUUCACUGAAUGUUUCUUCUCGACUUAAUACGUCGUACCAACCUCAGACUUAUAAUUCGGAGUAAUAAUAAUAAAAGUAAAAAACACGCAUGAUAUCAUGAUC